UUAGUUUAUUGUUAAACAAACUAAUGUGUCUUUUUUUUUUUGAAGAAACAAACUAAUGUGUCUAAUCAUCCACAUAUAAAUACUCAAUCAUAAACUCAUACACCCAUUUUACAUACAAUAACCCUCCACUUUUUCUACAUUUUUAGAAACCAAAAAAAUAUAGAGAGAGAAAAAUGGAGAUGAAUGAAGAUGGCUUCUUAGAAGAAUUAUUAGCUCUAAGAAGAGAAGCAUGGGAAACAAACCCAUCAUCAACAACCGUAGAUCAUCAAAUCAACGGCUUCUUUUCAUCAUCCACUUGGCCAUUCGACGGCCUAGAUUCAACCACCACCUUAUUACCCAACACCUCCACCACAUCCUAUGAUUCCUUCUCUUCCUCCACCAUUGACCACCACCCACCGCCACCCACCGCCGCCGCAACAACCACUGCCUUAGACUGUUCUUCCUUUUUCCUCCACCCUCUUUCCGCCCCAUUUAACCCGACUUUCUCCGGGCCGGGCCCUGAGCCCGGCUACUCGAUGUCGUCAAUGAUCGAGGCGGCGAAUGAUGACAAUAAUAAUAAUAAAAAAAAGACAAAUAUUCUUCCGUCAUCAUCAUGCAAGGCGGAGCAUUCUCUGUCCUCCGGUGAGCUUGAGUUUGAGGUACCCUCGCCUUCGCCUUCGGCGGCGACGGGGUUUAAUGUGGGAUUGUCCAUGAUUGAUAGUAAUAAUAAGAGGGUUACUAGUAAUGGUAAUGUUAAGAGUAAAGUUAAGAAGGUUGAAGGACAACCUUCUAAGAAUCUUAUGGCUGAAAGGAGGAGAAGAAAGAGAUUGAAUGACCGUCUUUCCAUGCUUAGAUCCGUUGUUCCUAAGAUUAGUAAGAUGGAUAGAACAUCUAUACUUGGUGAUACAAUUGAUUAUAUGAAGGAGCUAUUAGAAAGGAUUAACAAGUUGCAAGAAGAGAUAGAUGUGGGUUCUAACAAUAAUCAAUUGAAUGUUAUGAGCAUUUUCAAAGAUGCCAAGCCAAAUGAUGUCCUUGUCAGGAACUCACCAAAGUUUGAUGUAGAGAGGAGAAACUUGGAUACAAGGGUGGAGAUUUGUUGUGCAGGGAAACCUGGACUUCUACUAUCAACUGUAGCUACACUAGAAGCAUUGGGUCUUGAAAUACAACAAUGUGUUAUAAGUUGUUUUAAUGAUUUUUCACUACAAGCUUCAUGCUGUGAGGAAAUGGAACAAAAGUCGUUGAUAAAUUCAGAAGAAAUAAAACAAGCAUUGUUUAGAAAUGCAGGGUAUGGAGGAAGGUGCUUGUAGGUAUUUUGCGAAGAGAGAAAAAGAAAAUCUCUUCCUCAAUUUUUUUUUUUUUUUUUUUUUUUUUUUUUUUUUUUUUCUAAUAUUUUCAUUGAAUAAUUUGCAAUAUAUUGACAAAAGAAAAACCUCCCACAUGUAUUGCUUUUUUUUUUUUCCAAAGAGUUACUCUUUGAUGCUUGUUUCUCAAGUUUAGUGACAUAAGAAAGAUUUCUUGUACCAUAUCAAAUGAAAGUAUGCUUUAGUUUAGUCUUUUAAUUACUUUGAAAAUAAUCUUGGGGAUCGAAAAGCUUGCAUGAUUCAUCAAUUAAUAUUUGUAAUUUUUCACCUACACCCCUAUGUAGAUAGUGUUGUCAACA